UCACCGAUCAGCAUAAAGAGCCAAUUACGUUGUCUCUGUCAUGUGAUCAGCUGUGUCCAAUCACAGCUAAUCGUAUGAGACAUGUGCCCUGAUUAUCAGUGUAGCCCCAUCAGUGCCACCUGUCAGUGUCCAUCAAUGCCACAUGCCAGUGCUCAUCAGCACCACAUCAAUGCCAUAUAUCAGUGCCUACCAGUGCACAUCAAUGCCACAUAUCAGUACCCAUCUGAGCUGCCGUUCAGUGCCACCUAUCAGUGCCCACCAGUGCCGCCUUAUAGUGCCAGUCAGUGCCACCUAUCAGUGUCAGUCAGU